AAUUGACUCGUGUAACCCAUGCAUUCGCAUCCCAGGUUUAAAUAAGUUAUCCAGCCAACGCAGCACAUCGAUGGCGAGCUACAGACAAGCUUAAAUAACGUUAGAAAAACAAGCCCUUCUCUAUUAUGCUCCUGAGGUCCCCAGUCUUUCUCAUUCCUCAUUCCCUGACUUCUUCCUCCUCAUCUUUAUACUUCUUUCUCCUUCUCACAGAGUUACCUCCAUGUUCGGAGCCCUUAUCCAACCCUACGGAAACUCCACGGUUAAAUUAUCAUGCAGAUCAGAUAUCCGCCGUUCCCCCUUGCCGUCGAAGCUCUCCACGGCGGCGCAAACCACGCCUGCCCGCUCUUCUUCCUGGGCUUCUCUGCAGGCAGACAUUGAAGCCCAUCUCAAGCAGGCUAUUCCCAUGAAGGAACCUCUGGUGGUAUUUGAGCCCAUGCACCAUUUGGCCUUCACCGCCCCACGAACCACCGCGCCGGCGCUCUGUGUGGUAGCUUGCGAGCUCGUCGGCGGCCAGCAGGACCGGGCCUUGCCCGCAGCUUCAGCUCUGCUACUCAUGCAAGCAGUCGCCUACACUCACGAGCACCUCCCAUUAACAGAUAGGCCUCGGCCCAAGCCUAGGGGCCACCAUGUGUACGAUCCAAACAUAGAGCUUCUUAGCGGAGAUGGAAUGUUACCGUUCGCGUUUGAACUCUUGGCGACAUCCAACGUCCCGACCCGAGAAGAUUCAGAUCGGAUCCUACGGGUGAUGGUGGAAAUCUCACGUGCGGUGGGAUCGGAGGGCUUGGUGGAGGGACAAUACCUUAAAUUCAUGAGGACUCAACUAGAUGCUGAAGGGAAUAUAAAGGCAGAGGCAGAGAAGAGCGAAGGUAGGAUGCACGCCUGCGGAGCUGCGUGUGGAGCAGUGUUGGGAGGUGGAGGUGAGGAGGAAAUAGAGAAACUGAGGAAUUAUGGGCUUUAUGUGGGGAUAAUACAAGGGUUGUUGCAAGGUGUUGAAAAGGUAAAUGAAGGGUUAAAGAAAGAAUUGGAAGGGAUAAGGAAUUUGGCACUCGAGGAGCUAGAAUUCUUUGAGGGCAGAGACAUUGAGGCAAUUUCUACUUUCAUUGAUGUUUGAAAAAUGUUGUCCGCAGGAGCUCUGUAACGUAAUAGAAUAUAAAAUAUAUACAGCGGUUAGUACCUACUUU